UUGCCUCAUAGAUGCCAACUUCUCCUCAGUAUGCCUGAUCUCAUCCAAGCUCCCUAGCCAAGAUGCCCUCAGGGCCGGGCUGAUCCUGUGAGGAGGAGGACACCGACACUCCCCAUUGCAUACCUGCAGACGGUACAUCCGCUCAUGGUUUUGUUCUGAUGUCUCCUCUUUCUCCAGAGGUGCAGCUGGAUCCCAGUAAGGCGUGGUGCCCGGUGAUCGACUGCCAGGCUGUGUGCAGCGUGGUGCCCGGGGUAGAGGGCAUGCCGACCCCCCUGCCCUGUCAGGCCUGCCACGCCAUCUUCUGCUGCAGCUGCAGUCAGCCCUGGCAGGACGAGCACGUCUGUUCCAGCAGCCAGGCCCUCACGCCAGCCUCUUCUGAGGACAGAUGUUCUCCUGACACACCCAUCAAGCAGUGCCCCAUGUGUGGCGUCUACAUCGAGCGCAACCAGGGCUGCGCCCAGAUGCUGUGCAAGAACUGCAAGCACACUUUCUGCUGGUACUGCCUUCAGAACCUAGACGGUGACAUCUUCCUGAGGCACUAUGACAAAGGCCCCUGCAGAGACAAGCUGGGCCACUCACGGGCAUCUGUGGUCUGGAACAGAAUGCAGGUGGUGGCCGUGCUGGUGGGGGUCAGCAUCACCAUGAUGGUCACCUUUCCGUUCCUGCUACUGGCGUCCCCUUGCAUCUUGUGCUGCAUCUUCAAGCCCUGUCGCGGAAAGAACCGGAAAAAGAAAAAGACGAAAAGGAAUCCAGAAAGUGCUCCCGCUGACCACUAGUCUGUCACACACACACACACACACACACACACACACACACACACCGAUCACUUUCAUGUGCCAACUCUCACGGGAGAGUAAAAAAAAGAAAAACAGUCUAGUUAAAGGUGCACAAGUGCCUCACUCUACAGUGCCUGGUCUUUGGUGGUCAGGAUUUUUGUGUUGCCUUCCAUUGAUUUAUGCAAAAAAUACGUGUUGUUUAUAAGAUAAACAGCCAUGGCUUUGGACCAUAAACAUGAUAGAAUUGUCCCUUAAAACAAUGUGAAGCAUUAAUGUCAUGCAGGGUGCAAAAAAAAAAAAAAAAAGAACUGUACAUGUGUUGUGAAUGGACACGACAGGGCAUCAUUUUAGAGUUACAAUAGGCAGCAUUGCAAAGUAGGCAGGCUACUGUUCAAAUAGUAGUUGUGAAAAGGAGAGAUUUAAGAAGCGUAUGCCUAGAAAUCAACCUUUUUUCAGGUAUAAAAGGCCAUGUCAGGCAUUUGCACACAUUUCACAACUUGUCAGGUAAUGUAAAGAGAUGGUCUAUGCUAGUCGUUUAGUGUGAAACAUAUUAGCUAAGCGAAAAGCUGCCUAUUGCACCUUUAACUAUUCCCAUCUGUUGUUCCAGACCAAAGGUCUUGCUGGUGUAUGUGUAUGACUGCAUACAUACAUACAUUUGUGUUCAUAUGCGUGGACAUGUGUGGGUUUUGAGUUAUUUUUACAUUUUGUUAAUAUUUCUGCCACAGAUAUUUUGUAAAAUAUCAUUAUAAUUAAAAUAAGCAUUUAAAACCAUAAACAUGAACUUAAUGUGUGUUAUUCUGUUGGCACUCCAUAACAGUUAUAACCAGCAAUGCACUGUUGUUGUAUCCUGCCACCCUUGCUAUCCUUGUAUAACUAAAACUUUCAUGCACCAUAUCAGCCAACCAUAACAAAACAUAAUAUAUAACUCAACAAAUCUAAACAUGAAGUAAAUAUCGCCAUACACCAUUCUGGGCAGUGUCUUCCUCUUCCUCUUCAUC